GGCCCGGGCAUUUUGCUGCGUCACCAGCCGCCGCCCGGCCUCACCACCCCUCGCUCGCACGCACGCACGUUCAUUCUCCGUCCUCGCGCCCCUUUUCCUACACUUUCCUCCUCUCCCCGACCGGAGGAGCCGCUCUCUCCGCGCGGUGCAUUCUGGGGACCCUGAUCGAGCCCGCCGCCGUCGCCGUCGCCUCAGGGAACCGAGAAGAGGCCGCGACCGGGCAGGAGACGCCGGAGUCGCCAACGGAGAAGAGUCGACUGCCCAGCAGCUGCCGCCGAGAGGCCCGCCCACCCGUGCGCCCGUCCCCCUGCCCCGUUCACGAUGCAGCCUGCUUCUGCAAAGUGGUAUGAUCGAAGGGACUAUGUCUUCAUUGAAUUUUGUGUUGAAGACAGUAAAGACGUUAAUGUAAAUUUUGAAAAAUCCAAACUUACAUUCAGUUGUCUUGGAGGAAGUGAUAAUUUUAAACAUUUAAAUGAAAUUGAUCUUUUUCACAGUAUUGAUCCAAAUGAUUCCAAGCAUAAAAGAACGGACAGAUCAAUUUUAUGUUGUUUACGAAAAGGAGAAUCUGGCCAGUCAUGGCCAAGGUUAACAAAAGAAAGGGCAAAGCUUAAUUGGCUUAGUGUGGACUUCAAUAAUUGGAAAGACUGGGAAGAUGAUUCAGAUGAAGACAUGUCUAAUUUUGAUCGUUUCUCUGAGAUGAUGAACAACAUGGGUGGUGAUGAGGAUGUAGAUUUACCAGAAGUAGAUGGAGCAGAUGAUGAUUCACAAGACAGUGAUGACGAAAAAAUGCCUGAUCUGGAGUAAGGAAUGUUACCAUCACCGGAUUUUGAGAAAGAAAAAUAACUUCUCUGCAAGAUUUCAUAAUUGAGAGAAUUCCUGAGUUGAUAGCUCUAAAGGCAGAUGCUGUAUUUGCCUCCUUUAACCCAUUUUUCAACCUGUUUGUUUUUUUAAAGGCUUCAGUAAGGGUUGAUAAUGUACCAUUGUAUGGGGCACUUUUAAGUCAGCUAAGGCAAUAACCUUAUGCAUGAACAUUUCCCAGACUUUCAUGAUGCUGUUGAGGUCCUAGGCAAUUGAUACAGCAGUUGUGAUAAAUAAAAACAUUUCACCUAA